GUUGUACGUAAAUGGAAAGUUUGCCAUUUUCGGAUAAACGAAUAAAUUCUAAUGGAUAAUAUUGAUGUGAACUAUGGACCGUUGCACACGAAUCGACAUCAAGUUUUAGCCAAAUAUAGCACUGCACUAAAGCAGUUACGUGCAUUUGCCGAAAAACAUUACGAGGUGCGUCCUUUUGUCUUCGAUAACUAUGUGCUCUUCCAAUACUUCCAACAAAGCUCCUCCAGUGGUGGCAGUAAUGAAUCUUCGGCGUCCGGUUCGGAGGAGAGAACCCGUCGAGUUGGUAUUAUGGGUUUCUCUCCGAUGAAUUAUCUGAAAAUGGAAUUGCUCAAUCACAUACUGGAUCGUAAACGACAAAUUUUAUACUAUAUAUUCUUUUUGAUAUUGGCCCUGCUGUGCUUCUUUGUGUAUCGUCAUGAAGUGGCGUCGUCGGAACGCAAUAUGCAAUCAUCGAUUGUUUAUCCGGGAAUGCGUAUAUGGCGUCGUAUGACACUACCGCUAAUACAGAGAUUUCCCCGUCUGACGGAGUUGUAUGAUGAAUCUUGCCUAAUGGGUAAUCCAUUUUUUCAAGUAAUGGAUGAUAUGAGUUGUUCGUCGUGUUCCCAUGUUGAGGGUGUUAUCGAUUUGACCAAUACCAUAGAUAGUCUGGGUGUUAGCAAUGACAACGAUGGAGGAAGUAUGGAUAAUGAGGGAGGAGGAGCUGAUGCUUCUUCGUUGCAUAGACUGUUGUAUUCGGAGUAUGUGCCUUUUGUGUUUAAGAUUAACCAAGAACCCAUUGAACUUGAAGAUUUUCACAAAAUCUUUGUGGACAAUCAGGAAAUCUUUCGUCGCGAUGCAUAUCGAGUUCAAUCCACAAAUCGAGAUAUAACCAAUCUUGAUGAAUUGUUUAGCCAAUUCAAUCAGACCUUUAAGCAGCAAACACACAAUUUAUGGCGUUGUAAUCGUAUGUUACCGGCCCGUCUAUUGCGCCAGCUAAUACCCAGACCAGCCAAGCUACCAAGUAGUUUGGCCCUGGAAAGAUAUAUGACCAUUGAUACCAUACAAGCGCCCUCAUAUACUUUACCGGACACUGAGUGUCCACAUGUAUACAUUCAACAGGCAUUGGGUACCCGAUUCAUAAUACUGCGCCCGACCAGUGAGUGUCGCCAUCGUUGUCGUACCCUGUCCAUGCGUUUGCCACAAUCAUUUGUUUUAAGUUAUAAUCGUUAUUGGAAACCGAUCUCUGCCCCUGAUCCUGUAUCAGAUACCAUGUCUAUUAGUCUUAUUGGAUCCUAUUGUUAAUUUACGCAUAAA